AAAAUAUAGUUAUUUGCACCCAGAUAUUUCAAGAUGGCGCUGCCGUGUCAAAGAAACGAAGUAAACAAAAAUAUUAUCUAAAAUUCAAAAUAAUCUGCACAACUAUCUUCGGAGCACUCAACAAGGAUGUGUCUACUUAUUGGAAUGACAGGGGUCGGCAAGACUAUGCUAUUGAAACGACUUCAAAAUUAUACCAGUAAAGGGUCAUUCACAGAUGCAGAGGACAACCCACCUACAAUUCCAACAGUCGGCACCAACUUGAUGAAUGUUACCAUUGGUAGAAAGACGGAGGUCACCAUCAGGGAGUUGGGCGGUGCCAUGGCACCCAUCUGGUCCAGCUACUUCUCAGAUUGCAGUGUCCUUAUUUUUAUGAUAGACGCAUCCUGCCCCACUCAGAUAUCUGCAUCCUGCAUUCAGCUCUUGAACACUCUUACAUCAGAUAAGAUGCAGAAGGUCAAUGUACUUAUCCUCCUCAACAAAGUAGAUCUUCCCCUGUCCAUGCCCCUCGGGGAGCUGCGAUAUCUGCUUCGAUUAGAGGACGUUGUCUCCACAGCACCUCAGCCAAUCACAGUGCUCGAAAUCAGCGCAAAGGACGGACAAGGACUGAGUGAGGUAAUCAAGUGGUUAUCAGUCAACUGCAAAGCUGGAUCCUGAGAGAUUGAUCAAUCCAGGAGUAAUUUAUUUGAUGUCUCGUGCAAUAUUUGUGAUUUUUGUUGUAUCGGUACUAAGAUGUCUCGUGCAAUAUUUGUGAUUUUGUUGUAUCGGUACUAAGUUCCCGGGUCAUUUUGGUCAGAAAUGGGAUGCCAUUUCCCCCUUUCAAGCUCAGUUUGGCUACAUCUGUAAGAAUGGAAGUCAUACAAAGUGACUUUAGUAUUUCAUAGCAGUUAUGACUUGGGAGGAUGAUCCUUCUUACUCAAACCUGAAUUGUGAAGGCGCAGCUACAACGUGUUUGAGCUGCAGACAUGCAUAGGGGCGCCUUAUUGGCAGCCAGCUAUGUUGACUGAUAGGUGAUCAUGAGCGCCUAAGAUCGAAUGUGCUUGAUAGUUCUAGAAAGAGGAAAACUGGACCCGAAAAACAAAUCAUCAUCGCCUAGGAGAGAACCAUCCCCACAACUCUGCAUACAUACGACCAAGGUGGGAAAUCGAACCAGGGUCACAUUAGAAAGAGGCGAGUGCUUUAGGCACUAGCCGUCCAUAUUGGUCUAUUUAUAUAUUAUGUGUAGAUUGCUUUAAAUGAGAACAUGUUUCAGCUGAGUAACAAAAUACAACAUAAUAAAGGCAGAAAGAUGUCUCUAGAUUCUUUUUGAAAAGUG